AACCCCGGAUCCUUUACCAACUUCCCUCCCGGACCUUCUGACCCCGUCACUCCUCUAGAUAUCCCCGGCACGCCCAACUCGACCACCACGACGAUGAGCGAGCUAUCGACCGUCGCGAUCAAAGACGGUCACCGAGGACACCACCCUUACCACCACGCCCAAUCCCAUCAAGCGUCCGGCCUCAGCAACCAACUCGAUGCCGAGCGAGCCGACCGCAUCUCCCGCCUGGCGGGCCUCGAACGGGUCACCACCGCCCGGAAUCUCCACACGCCCAACAGCCUCACCCCCGGCGCCGCCGCCCCCGUGCAACCCACCCAGAGCUACUUCGACCAGUCCGGGAACCCGGCCAUGCUCCGCGAACGCAGCACCGUCGGCAGCGCCUCGGCGACGGGCAGCAUCGGCCACAACACGACCUGGGCCGGCAGCGAGGCCGGCGACGUCUCCAACUUCGACAAGAUGAGCGAGAGCCAGGACAUGGACAUGGACGCCCAGUCGGUGGGCGGCAUGUCCGACGAAGGCGCCGCCAGCCUGGUCGGGUUCGGCGAGGGCGCGCGCACCCCGGCGCGACAG